UAACAAAAUUACAAAGUGCUUUACAAUAAUAGUGAACGCCUUUGUCAAACACUUCCCAACUUAUCUUAGAACUGUAAAAACAAAAAAUGGUUUUCUGAUUGUGUCACUAAAUAACGCACCUUGAGACUUCGCCGGGAUCUGAACACACCCUGCCGUUUCUGCUGUGGGAGGAGGGUGUCUGACAAGGAGGGGUUCAAAUUCGAUUAGGACGGCCCCUAAAAGUUCUUAUACAGAGGAAGAGAAAGGAAGACGGCGGCAGCGGCUCCGUUCAGCAGCCCUACUGAUGUUUAUCCAUGAAUAAAACAAGCCAUGCCUUGUGUGGACAAGUCGUUCCUGUUGCUUACAGGUGUAGUAGUGUUUUAUUUCAUCUAUCUGCUGUUCGGAGGCCUGGUUUUCUCCAUCAUCGAGCGGCCUGUGGAGGAUCAGCUGCGACGGGACAUGGAAGCCCUGAUACAGGACUUUUUGAACCAGAGCUGCGUCAACCAAACGUCCCUCGAACACUUUCUGGUCAAAGUGAUGAAGGCCAAUGCGUACGGCGUCUCCGUCCUCGGCAACUCCUCCCCCACUUCGAACUGGGGCUUGGCAUCCUCCAUGUUCUUCGCCAACACUCUGGUCACCACUAUCGGUUACGGACACAGCACUCCUCUGUCUGACGGUGGGAAGGCCUUCUCCAUCUUCUACGCCCUGCUUGGAGUCCCCUUCACCAUGCUGGUGCUAGCCAUCUGCGUCCAGAGGCUCAUGUACCCUCUGGUCCUCACUCCAGUCAGCCUCCUGCAGCGUUCAGGCUUGGAUCCUCGGCCGGCCACUGUCGUCCACUUCCUGCUGCUGCUGGUUCUGGCGGUGCUGUUCUUCUUCAUGAUUCCAGCUGCUAUAUUCAGCACAUUGGAAGAAUCCUGGUCAUUCCUGGACGGCAUCUACUUCUGUUUCAUCUCACUGUGCACCAUUGGACUUGGGGAUUUCAUUGCAGGGUCGCAGGAAAACCAGAAGGAAAGAAAUCUGUAUCAGAUCUCUGUCAUGAUCUACCUGUUCGUCGGUCUGAUGACGAUGUGCCUCCUGCUACGCGUCUUCCACAGAAUGGCCGACCUGCACGGCCUGACCACCUUUCUCCAGCUGCCACACAGUGAGGGGUCUGACGAGGACAUGGACCCCAUCGUGGAGAACGAACAAGAAGACCAGGACCCCUCCCACCUGACAGACAAAGCUGCCAACAGGCCCCUGGACCCGGGAUCACAGCAGUCAUACAACAGCAUCAACAAAGGCUGAGCUGAGGGCAGGCACAGAGACUGAAGUUCUACCUCUGGUGAUCCUGAAGUCUUGAACCAGUGAUAAACCCAGACUGGUGGGCUGAAUCUGAAUUUUUGUCUUAACUUUUCAUUUUGUUGACCCUAUUCUCUGUUUAAACACAAGAAGAGAAAGCACAAUAUGCAUGAGGAGUUGAGAUGAGAGUUUUGAGAUUCAGCUUUUGUGAGUUGAGCAGUUUGUGAGUGGUUAUUACACCACUUUCUGCACAUAUGACAGGACUAUCCUAACUUGACUACAGCAACCCUGCUAGGACAAAAACCACAGAUGUACCUUUUCCUCAAAACAGGUGUAAGUGCAGCAUGUUUGCUGCGCAGGCUCAGCUGGGUUGCACCUGAAGGCUCGAACCGAAAACCGGUGAUACUUGGUUUUCUGUUUUCACAUUUGUCUUGCAGAAUGUUUGUCUUGCUUUUUGUGCCACAGGUUUGGGUUGCUUGUUCAGGACUACUAGAUGUUGUCUUUUAUAUAACUUAGUGCCAGACACAGUUUGUGAAGGUGCUUACCCUUUCAACUUUACAAAAAUCUUCCACCUUUUAAACGUAUGUUUUUAUUUGGAUGCAUGUCAUGACCAAACACUUCAAACUAUUGACCAAAACAUCCAGUCAUAUUUAUAGUCCUCAGGCUGCUCGUUUAAUUGGCUUGUAGGAUGUUUGCUUACUUUUGCACCACUAAUACAUUUUUACCUGCAUGAACUAUCACAAAUGCAAUGAAAAGACAAACUUCCUCAAGUAAAGGUCAAAUAUGAAUCUACGCUGAACAUUUGAAAUAUGUGGACAUUCAUUCAUUCACUUUUUUAUUUGAUCAGAUUUCCUGUAUUUUUGUUCUUUGUCUCAACACUGCUAACCUCAAUGGUGCUGCCCCCUGGUGUCUCCAUGUAUGAAGUGCAACAUGUAACUACACCUCCCUAAAAGUGUUUCACUGUGGUGACUGACGGCAGAUUAAUCUCAACAGAAAACCAAAUGUUGCUUGUCAAACACGACCUGAUCUCUUUGAUUUAGUGACUGGAUUUUAUCUGUCAGCAGUAGUGAACAUUUGAAAUGCACUUUAAUGUUCCCAACGGUUCUUUUUGUUUCAUCAAAAUUGCAGCUGAAUGAGGUGGCUAGGAUCACCUUAUAAAAAUAAGGUCUCUCUCUCUGUUUGUUUGUAUGUAUGUUGUUGUAGUUUAGUAAUAUUAGUUUAACGUGUAUUCAAAUUUGGACAGUUGUAAUUUUAAAAAAAUAAAAGUUUUCCUUGUUUUAUGUCCUCAUGUUUGUUCUCAUAGGCGUCUUCCUCGUCUUGUCCAAAAGUGAAAUUUGUAUGUGUAGCUUUGAUUUUUUUAUAUUAAGAACUGUGAAAUGUACUUGACAGACUUGUAGUAUAUGAGUUUAUGGAAGCUACAUAACAACCAGUAAGCACUGGUUAAGCCACUUAAGAAAUAAAGCGGGUUAUCAGGUGGUUCUAAAGCCUAAAAUAAAGUUCCUGAGAACAUUCUUGUUCCAUUUAGAUUUAAACAACAUGAGACAAAAUGGGUGCUUUUGUUUGUUUUUAGUGUGAUGUCACAAUGGGCAAUCUGGUAUGAUAACAGGAUUGUCUUUUUUGUUAAACUGUGAACAUUUCUAGAUGACUGAAUCAGAUGUGACUAUGACAACGCACAAAUAACCGACAUUAUCUUUUAUUAGAGUGGUAGAGUGGCCUUGAGGGGGAGGAACCGAAACUGUUCUGGUUGGAGACAUUUACACUUGCUCACAUCACAUGCUUUAAUGCUCAAGUCCGAUCUCUUCAUAGGAUCUGAUCUCUUUGUUGAUGCUUCGCAUCCGGUUCCAACAUGAACAGCGCUGAGCUCCUGUCACACAUGUGCAGAUUCAACUGAAAGGUGAGUCCUGUGCCGCAACAGUAACAACGUAAUUCGUGUGACAGUCAAAUUGCACAAUUCCCUGAAAAACUGCUCGGUUGCGAUGUUCCAGGUUGGCCUGAUCAGAAGCUUCUCCAUAAAUGUCCAGCACAUGAAAUGUCCUGGUCUCUCCACUGACCCCGUCACUGUUGUUGCUCUCCUCCAUGUUUAUGUUACCACAGACCAGUACUUUAACUGAAAAUAGGCCAUUAUUAGCUUUUCACAUUUUAUUAAAAAUACAGGUAAACAGACAUUUGCCUUCUUUAAAAAAAAAAAAAAGUCUAAAUACACUAUCUGGGCAUUCUGUAUAAACAUAACUGUUAAAAUAUAUGUGGAGAAAACACAAGUAAAUAAAAUAACUGCCAUGACAGAAUAUUAAUAUAUCAUUAGUGAAUUGUCAAAUGCUGUAUGACAUUAAAUUACUCAUCUUGUUAACAAAAUAUGCUCUUUAUAAAUAGUUUGUUACUGCAGCCCAGGUAUUCAGAAAGGAACCUUGAUCCAUAAACAGGAUAUAAAUGUACAAACCCUGACAAACAGGCAUCAUGUGCAUCUCUUAAUUUAUGUCAGCAUUUCUCCUGUCAUGCAUUUCUGCGGUGCUGACUCAAACGCUCAGUCCAGCUGCUUCGUUUACAGCUAAAACACACGUCCUACAUUUCACUUUUAAACACACACCACAAGCUCUGUGACUGAAACUCAGAAAUGCAUAUUAACAAAAGUGCAAUACUUCAUUUUAAAUCAAGCAAAGGUGAAGAACAUUAUUGAAACAAACAGAACUGACCUACUGAGGAGCACAACUGUUCAGUGGGAAAGGCAAUAGCGUGAUUAGAGCACAACAGAUGCUGCCGUGGAGCAAUUGUGACAACUACUGUUUCUAUACUGUCACAUUCAAAUUCACUAGGGUGCUUCAUAUACAAUCACAGUACUGUAAAGGUUAUUUCAAUUAAAAUGCUAUCAAAUGACCUGAAAUACUGAGCUACACUGUGCAUGUAGCUGCUACAUAAAAAGCACAUGUCACUGUGUGUUUCCUGAGCUGCACUCAAACUUUGUCUCUGACAGGAAACAGCUUUUAGUUUCACUCUUUUCAGCCUUCAGAUGGUUGAGAGGUAUCAGGAGCUGUGCUUCCCCCCCCCACUGAGAAAUAUUCAGCAUGAAGUGGCUUUAUUCAUGAAAUAUAACUGUACUGUACCUCUAAUCACUGGUUAAUGAAA